AUGUAUGUUGAUGAUUUAAUCAUCACUGGGUCAAGCCAUGUCAACAUUGACAAGUUCAAGCGAGAGAUGAUGUCAAUAUUCCAAAUGAGUGACCUUGGUCUACUCAUCUACUUCCUCGGCAUUGAGGUGAGCCAGGGUGAAGGUGGUAUCACGCUCUGCCAAAGCGCUUAUGCUAGCAAACUCUUGGAGAGGAGCGGCAUGGAGGGGUGCAACACAUGUCAUGCGUCGUUGGAGGAGCGGUUGAAACUCUCCAAGGCAAGUACGACACCACCAGUUGACGCGAUGCACUACCGGAGCAUUGUAGGUGGUCUGCGCUAUCUAGUGCACACACGGCCGGACAUUGUGUUCGUCAUGGGGUAUGUCAGCCAGUACAUGGAGGAUCCACGUGAAGAUCACUACGCGGCGGUCAAGCAUCUCCUCCGCUACGUGGCUAGCACUCACGAGUACAGUGUUGUCUACAAGAAGGAAGGAGGGGCCGCACUUGUGUUGACAUGGUGCAGCGGUAGUGACAUGGCUGGCGACCUUGAUGGCCGCAAGAGCACGACCAGCGUUCUCUUCCUCCCCGGCCACAGUCCCAUCUCCUGGCAAUCAGGACAGAUCGACCUCGAGUUCGCUGAAUCCGAACGGCAGCUCACGGACAUCCUCACCAAACCACUCGGCCGUGUUUGGUUCCAGGAGCUUCGUGCAAGGAUUGGCGCGAUCGAGAUCAAGAAGGCAUAA